GAGAACGUAGAUAGAUUUCCUUGAAAAUUGUGUUUGUAUUGAUAGGACUUCUUUCUCUGGACACUCCCUCAAACUCAAUCAACAAUAAAGAGCUACUUACCUUGGAAAAUCACUGCUUCCAUGGAAGACAUUAAGAAGGCGAUAUCCAAUCAGUUUGUUUCCAAUGCUAGAAGGGACUUUGUGGACAGAGAGAAAGCUCAGAAGAUGAAGCAAAGUUCUCAGAUGCCUGUGGAAUGGAGAAAGUUAGUUUCCCAACCAGCAGACACUGAAUUUCGACGGAAUUACCAAAUUCCAGCUAAAAUUCCUGAGCUUCAGGAUUUCAGUUUCAAAUAUGGAUGCUACUCAAGCCUGCCAGUUCCUUCUCGGGGUGUAGUGCCAUCUGUGCCGUCCAGCCACAUGAGGAACCAAGAGCACACGAAGAAGCAGACUACAUACCAAAGUGAUUACGGGAAGGCCUACCUGGAUUUCUUAACAAUUUUAAACUCAUUUACUCCCUGCCAAGUUACGGAGUACCUUGAAAGUGUCUCCUACAAAGACAGACAAAUUCUUGAUCGUUUUAUUCGCUCACACUGUGACAUUGACAAAGAGAAUGAUAAAGGAAAAUAG